AUGGCCGACCGCGACGUCCUCCCCGACAACAUCAAGCCCUCGCACUACGUCCUGUCGCUGCGCGAUCUCGACUUCAAGGCGUGGACCUACAAGGGCACUGUGACCAUCCAGUCCGAAGUCGUCAAGCCCACCAAGGAACUCGUCGUCAACGCUCUCGAGCUCAAGCUGCUCAACGCAAAGGUCACCCUCGACCACACAAAGUCCGAGCAGUCAUGGCAGUCGUCCAACGUCUCGUACGACGCAAAGGCCCAGCGCGCCACCGUCGCCUUUGACGCCGAGAUCCCCGUCGCCAGCAAGGCCUCGGUCGUCAUCGAGUUCGAGGGCAUCAUCAACAACGAGAUGGCCGGCUUCUACCGCAGCAAGUACAAGCCCGCCGCCACCCCGGCCGCCUCGGUCCCCCGCGACGACGAGUGGCACUACAUGCUCAGCACCCAGUUUGAGUCGUGCGACGCCCGCCGGGCCUUCCCCUGCUUCGACGAGCCCAACCUCAAGGCCACCUACGACUUUGAGAUUGAGAUCCCCGUCGACCAGGUCGCCCUGAGCAACAUGCCCGUCAAGGAGACCAAGCCCACCAAGGAGGGCUGGCACCUCGUGUCCUUUGAGACCUCGCCCCUCAUGAGCUCCUACCUCCUGGCCUGGGCUGUCGGCGACUUUGAGUACAUUGAGCAGCUGACCGACCGCAAGUACAACGGCAAGCAGAUCCCCGUCCGCGUCUACACCACCCGCGGCCUCAAGGAGCAGGGCCGCUGGGCUCUCGAGCACGCCCCCAAGAUCAUUGACUACUUCUCCGAGAUCUUCGACAUUGACUACCCCCUGCCCAAGUCGGACCUGCUCGCCGUCCACGAGUUCACGCACGGCGCCAUGGAGAACUGGGGCCUCGUCACCUACCGCACCACCCAGGUGCUCUUUGACGAGAAGACGUCGGAUGCCCGGUUCAAGAACGCCGUCGCCUACGUCGUUGCCCACGAGCUCGCUCACCAGUGGUUCGGCAACCUCGUGACCAUGGACUGGUGGGAUGAGCUGUGGCUUAACGAGGGCUUCGCUACCUGGGUUGGAUGGCACGCCGUCGACCACCUGCACCCUGACUGGCAGGUCUGGGCCCAGUUCGUCAGCGAGGGCAUGGAGAACGCUUUCCGCCUCGACGGCAUCCGCGCCAGCCACCCCAUCCACGUCCCCGUCCGCGACGCCCUCGACGUCAACCAGAUCUUCGACCACAUCAGCUACCUCAAGGGAUGCUCUGCCAUCCGCAUGCUCGCCAACCACCUCGGCGUCGAGACCUUCCUCAAGGGCGUCUCCAACUACCUCAAGGCCCACGCCUACGGCAACGCCAAGACCAAGGCUCUCUGGGAUGCCCUGGCCGAGGCUUCCGGCAAGGACAUUAACCAGAUCAUGCACCCCUGGAUCUCCAAGAUUGGCCACCCGGUCCUGACCGUUUCCGAGGAGCCCGGCAAGCUGGCCAUCAAGCAGUCCCGAUUCCUGUCUACCGGCGACGUCAAGCCCGAGGACGACACCACCACCUGGUGGGUUCCCCUGGGCCUGGCUGGCAAGAAGGGCGAGCCUGGCGUUUCUGCCCUGUCCCUGACCAAGAAGGAGGACAUCAUUGACGACAUCGACACCGACUUCUACAAGCUCAACAGCGGCGCGACCGGCUUCUACCGUGUCGCCUAUCCCCCGGCCCGCCUGGCCAAGCUGAGCAGCCAGCUCGACAAGCUCAGCACCGAGGACAAGAUUGCCAUUAUCGGCUCGACGGCGGAUCUCGCCUUUGCCGGCAACAGCUCCGCCUCGGCCCUGCUGACCUUUUUGCAGGGCUUCCAGAAGGAGGAGCACCCUCUUGUCUGGAGCCAGAUCCUGGGCUGCAUCGGCGACCUCAAGUCCGUCUUUGGGGAGGACAAGGAAAUUAAGAAGGGUCUCAACAACUUUGCCGUCAAGCUGAUGGACGAAAAGGUGAAGCAGGUUGGCUGGGAGUUCCCCGAGGGCGAGAACUACCUUGGCGGCAUUCUCCGCAAGGACCUCAUUGCCGCCGCUGUCGCUGCGGAUCAUCCCGAAGUCAAGGCAGAGGCCAUCAAGCGAUUCAACGCUUGGGUCGAGAACCCGGAAGCCAACGCCAUCCACCCGUCUCUCCGAGGCGCCGUCUGGCGCGCCGGCCUGGACGACAACGCGGCCAAGAACGUCGAGGUGCUCAAGAAGGAGUGGUUCACCACCAAGUCCAUUGACGGCAAGCUCAUUGCCCUGGCCGCCCUGUCGACCGUCGACGACGCCGACAUUGUCAAGAACAACCUCAUCCCCUUCAACUUCAACACGGCUCCCCCCCACAACGCCGUCCCGGCCGCCGACAUGCACGUCCUCGGCGGCAACCUAGCCGCCCACCCCGUCGGCCGCACCCUGCAGUGGGAGUUUUUGAAGAGCAACUGGGAGCUCGCCGUGGCCAAGCUGGGCAACCCCAUUGUCGUCGACCGCUUCAUCGGCCUGAGCCUCAAGACGUUCACCGACGCCGCCGUGCUGGACGACAUUGAGCAGUUCUUCAAGGACAAGGACACUCACAGCUUUGACCGGACGCUGGAGACGGCCAAGGACAGGAUCAGGGGGCGGGCUGCGUACAAGAAGCGCGAUUCCGAGGCGCUCAAGCAGUGGCUGUCGGAGAAUGGAUACUUUUGA